AUGGUUGUUUCUCUACUUUCUGCAGGAUCUGACGUGAGGACGGACGGCUUCAGCCUUCAGACCUGCCGCAGCAUCAUCAGCCUGCUGGACAUGGACGGCAGCAGUAAACUGGGUCUGCUGGAGUUUCAUCGUCUCUGGAUGAAGAUCCAGAAAUACCUGGAGAUCUUUAAGAGUCACGACUCAGAUGGUUCUGGUACGAUGAGCAGUCAUGAGAUGAGAGCAGCUCUGGCUGAAGCUGGUUUCCAGGUGAACAGCGCAGUAAUUCAGGAGAUCGUCAGUCGAUACGCCGACAACAGUUAUGCCAUUGACUUUGACUGUUUCAUCAGCUGCCUGAUCCGACUGGAGCUGCUCUUCAAGAUGUUCAGAACUCUGGAUAAGAAGAACCAGGGGAAGAUCCAACUGGACCUGCAGCAGUGGCUGUGCCUCGCCAUCAACUGAGUGCCCCCAGCUCCAGGAGCAUGCUGGGAGUUUUCACCUGCAGCUGAUGUCCUAAUUAAAACUGUAACAGGAAGUCUGUUUCAGUGUUUUCA